AUGGUCACUGAGCAAAACCAUAGAGGCUGCAUAGGGAGACUCCGGUUUUAUUUUGUCCUGGGGACGCUGUGGGAGAUCAGCGCUACCCAGAUCCGCUACUCGGUUCCCGAGGAGAUGGAAAAGGGAUCUUUUGUGGGCGACAUCGCUAAGGACUUGGGGUUGGAGCCGAGGGAACUGUCGGAGCGAGGGGUUCGCAUUGUCUCCAGAGGUAAGAAGCCUCAUUUCGCUCUCAGUGUCAGAAGCGGCAGCUUAGUCACCGCCGACAGAAUAGACAGGGAAGAACUCUGUGCCCACAGCGCCCAGUGCUUGCUGAAUUUUAAUGUUCUCGUUGAGGAUAAACUGAAAAUCUAUUCAGUGGAGGUGGAAAUAACCGACAUUAAUGAUAACGCUCCUCGCUUUUUAGCAGAGGGGUUAGAACUAAAAAUCAGUGAAACCACAUCUCCAGGAACCCAACAUCUCCUGGAAAGUGCAUAUGACCGGGAUGUGGGAGUGAAUUCUCUUCAGAGCUAUAAGUUGAGCUCCAAUCAUCACUUCUCCCUGCGAGUGCAAAGCGGAGACGAUGGGGUGAAGUACCCGGAGCUGGUGCUAGAGCAGGCCUUAGACAGGGAGAAAGAGCCAGUUCUCCAUCUGCUGCUCACAGCAUGGGAUGGAGGAGAACCAGUUCGUUCUGGCACUGCUAGAAUCCAAGUGACUGUCCUGGAUGCCAAUGACAAUGCCCCAGUGUUUGUUCAGCCUUUGUAUACUGUCAGUGUUCCUGAGAAUGUACCCCAGGGGACAGUGCUGCUCACAGUGAAUGCCACUGAUGCAGAUGAAGGAAUCAAUUCUCAGGUAAGAUACUUUCAAGUGAAAGUACCUGGGGAGACCUCCCAAAUGUUCCAACUGAAUUCUGUGACUGGAGAAUUAUCAACCUUACAAAAUCUAGAUUAUGAAGAGGCAGAAUUCUAUGUGAUACAAGCAGAGGCUCAGGAUGGCCUUGGCCUCAAGGGCAGAGCUAAAAUUCAUGUCACAGUUCUAGAUGUAAAUGACAAUGCCCCAGAAGUGACUAUCACCUCUGUCACCGACUUAAUUCCUGAAAAUGCGCUCCCUGGGGCUGUGAUUGCUCUGUUCCAUGUACAUGAUCGAGAUUCUGGUGAAAAUGGUCGAGUCCUGUGUUCCAUCCCAGGUUAUCUGCCUUUUAAAUUAGAAAAGAAGGUGGACAACUACCAUUCAUUGGUGACUUCCAGGGCUCUGGACAGGGAAGAAGUGCCUGAGUACAACAUCACAGUGAGAGCAGAAGACUUUGGAAGCCCAGCUCUGUCUACAGACACUCAUAUUCUCUUACAUGUAGCAGACAUCAAUGACAACCCACCCACUUUCAGUCAGGUAGCUUACUCUGCCUACAUCCAGGAGAACAACCCCAGAGGAGCUUCCAUCUACUCUUUGACUGCCCAGGACCCAGACAGUGAGCAGAAUGCCUUAGUCACCUAUUCCAUCAUGGACAGCAUCUUGCCCUCAGAGGCACCACCACUGUCAUCCAUUGUCUCCAUGAACUCAGAGACUGGUGUUCUCUAUGCUCUGUGCUCCUUUGACUAUGAACAGUUCCAGGAAUUUCAGCUGACAGUGACAGCCAGGGACUCUGGGGACCCUCCUCUCAGCACCAACGUGUCCCUGACUCUGUUCAUCCUGGAUCAGAAUGACAAUGCCCCAGAAAUCCUGUACCCAGCCUUCCCCACAGAUGGCUCCAGUGGAGUGGAGCUGGCCCCACGCUCUGCAGAGCCAGGCUACCUGGUGACCAAGGUGGUGGCAGUGGAUGCAGACUCUGGCCAGAAUGCUUGGUUGUCCUACUGCCUGAUCAAGGCCACAGAGCUUGGGCUCUUCUCCGUGGGCCCACACUCAGGGGAGAUCAGGACUGUGAGGACAUUCCUGGACAAAGAUGCCCUCAAGCAGAAUCUCAUCGUGGCAGUGACAGACAAUGGGGAGCCCCCUCUCUCUGCCACUGUCAGUGUCACUGUGGCAGUGGCUGACAGCAUCCCUGAGAUCCUCUCAGAUCUCAGCAGCCAGGCCUCCCCUCAUCCCCAGGAUGACUCCCUUCUCACAUUUUACCUGGUCAUCGCAGUGGCUGCAGUUUCUUCCUUGUUCUUUGCCUUCAUUGUCCCUCUGCUGGUUCUCAGACUGAGAAGGUGGUGGAUGCUGCAAGUUGUCCAAUCUGCAGGUGACCAUGUUGGGGGAAUUCCCUCCUCCCAGGUUUUAGGAAUAGAUGGAGUGAGAGCUUUCCUUCAGACCUAUUCCCAUGAGGUUUCUCUCACCACAGAUUCUCGGAAGAGUCAGUUGAUCUUUCCUCAGCCCAACUAUGCAGACACCUUGAUAAGUCAGCAGAGCUGUGAGCAAGAAGAGCCUCCACUACCCACUCAGUCUUUAUUUCAAGGAAAAGAUGAACAAGCAUUUUGCCAGGUAAACUUUGUUCUGUAGAAUAGAAUUGCAAUUUAAUUUUCAGUGCCUUCUGUUAAUACUUUUCUUUCUCUACCAUACAGUAGAGAGGUCUAAUGCAUUCUCUAGUCAUUCUGGCUAUGAAUGUUUGGUCUUAGAAGAAUUUAAUUCUGGUAAAACUAUUAUUAACAUCAUAAAAUGUAGAACUUGAUGAUACUAUGAAGGUCAU